ACUAUGAGCUCUGCCCUCUUGCCGCAGCAACCGAGGCAAAGGACAGAAUCCGGACGAAGGAGUGGAUGCCCCAUAUAAACGUGUGCUGGAGCGGACACUUGCUCUCAAACGAAGACACUGCGUUGGCUUGCAUCAUCUUCUGUGCUGCAGUUCGGAAAACGAAACUAGCUGCUAGCGCCGAGAAAAGACACAACGAAGCAGAGAGGGCCCGAUCGGCGUUCGAGUCGCCUCACCGCUGGGUCAUCAUCAACAACCAUCGUCGUUGUGUCCAAUCUACGUGUGCAUCCUCACGACGGCAAACAAAUAUCAACGAGUUCGGGACGGCAAUCGGCAGUUUUUUCCCUCCUCUGCCGCAGCCCGGAGGUUUGCUGCCCUGCAGAGUAUGCUAAAUAAUGAGCCAAAGGGACACAUUGGUUCAUUUGUUCGCCGGGGGAUGUGGGGGUACAGUGGGGGCUAUUUUGACGUGUCCUCUGGAAGUGGUGAAGACCAGACUGCAGUCCUCCUCAGUUACACUUUAUAUCUCCGAAGUCCAGCUCAGCACCGUAAACGGAGCCAGCGUCGCCCGUGUCGCUCCACCGGGACCUCUUCACUGUCUCAAGUUGAUUUUCGAGAGAGAGGGACUGCGAUCACUCUUUAGAGGACUGGGACCUAACCUUGUGGGCGUGGCACCUUCAAGGGCGAUCUACUUUGCUGCCUAUUCAACAGCCAAGGAGAAGCUGAAUGGCGUGCUGGAGGCAGACUCCACCCAGGUGCACAUGGUGUCUGCUGGGAUGGCAGGGUUCACAGCCAUCACAGCCACCAACCCCAUUUGGCUGAUAAAGACCCGCAUGCAACUGGACUCCAGGAACCGGGGCGAACGCCGCAUGAACGCGUUUGACUGCGUUCGGAGGGUAUACCAGAUGGACGGCUUGCGAGGUUUUUACAAGGGCAUGUCGGCGUCAUACGCAGGCAUCUCCGAGACGGUUAUCCAUUUUGUCAUCUAUGAAAGCAUCAAACGUAAGCUGCUACAGUCGAGGGCUCAAACCAGCAUGGAAGGCGAGGAGGAGUCUGUCAAAGACGCCUCAGACUUUGUUGGCAUGAUGCUCGCUGCGGCCACUUCCAAGACCUGUGCCACCACCAUUGCAUAUCCCCACGAGGUCAUCCGCACAAGGCUACGAGAAGAGGGCACCAAGUACCGUUCCUUCUUCCAAACUCUGCUGACCGUACCCAAAGAGGAAGGUUACCGGGCGCUAUACCGCGGCCUCACCACGCACCUUGUCAGACAGAUUCCCAACACGGCCCUCAUGAUGUGCACCUAUGAAGUGGUUGUCUACCUGUUUGGCCGUUAGCUCCCACGGCUCUGCUCCUUCCACUGUGUACAGACUCAAAAAACCUAAGCCUUUUGCUGAGAAGUAAAUGAAGACCAAAGGAAAAGCGAAGAAGUUGAAAUGGACCAGAAAGUACAGCCGAGUUAUUUAUGAAACAGCCCCUUGGUAUCAUUUCAACCUCUAGACUGCUAGUUCCUGUCCUUAGGUUAUCUGAAGAGAGAGAUUGCUGAAUGUUGCCUUGGAUAAGAGAUGUGUCGCCUGAACAAAAGGAGAACAGAGCACAAUUCAGUGGCCUUAAGUGUUGAUUCUACGAAUGAUGGCUGAAUCGCCGCUUUUCAUUCCUGUCGAGAACAUUUCGGAAGGGCGAAUGUUUGAACUGCAGUUUGCAGGAAAGGUGACAACAAAAUAUGUGGUGAUGUAUGUACACGGUUUGGGAUUCGCAAAUCCUCUUAUUCAAAGAUUUUUUAGUUUUUGAAUUUAUUUUGUAAUUUUCGGAACCCAUGUGCUCUUUUUGUUCCCAUGUACAGUGGUGUCUUGAGAAAGAGGGCAUAAAAAAUAUCCCUAUUAUUAUUAGACUGCAUUGUUUUUAAAUUGCAUGAUUUAAAGCCUACAUACUGAAAACUUUUUUUUAGUCAACAGAGGGUCUACAACAAAUGCGGACCAAUUUAAAAUGACAAAAUGAACUACUACACCUCACCUCAGAAAUAGCCAAUUUGAAUUAUGAUCCGACAAGGUGUCUACAGCCUAGCCAUAUGCUAAUGUGCAUAAUCAGAAGAUUACAUUAUUGAGGCCAGAUUGCUGAAAAGUGAAUUGAGUUCAAUGUCACUUCAAAUUUUUGUCACAGCAAUAUGAUCCACCAAACGAUAGCCUCCCUCUCGAAAAACUCAAGACACCACUAUCUCGAAACCAUCAUCAAGUUAAGGAGCUUAAUUUAGAUAAAAGUAACGAAUUUGCUCUCGUCUCGUGUUGUCUUCAGGCAAUUACAGCACAAUAUAUCCCCCUAAUGGGGUGCCAUUUCCUUGCAGAUUUGAGAGCAGGGUUCACUGUUGUAUUUUGAAGAAGAAAAAAAACAAACAAAAAAAUUAGCACUAUAUGCACAUGUAGUCCAGUUUAAGAGAGUUGUAAGAGUUGAUGAAUGUUUGUCCAAGGUUCAAUGUCAGCGGAAUGGUUUCUUUUUGAAGGAGUAUCUUGCUUUUAUCCCUACUCCCUUAUCUUUACACAUAAACGAUGACUUCAAAUAUUCCCCUUGAAGCACUGGAUCCCGCGGAAAUACAAAUACUACUUGAAAUGGCCAAUCACCUCGUAAAGGAUAGGGGGGGGAAAUUCAGACUUUCCUUUUCCUUUGGUUUUGUUUGGCUUUGCCUCUGUGAUCCAGUGCCUCGUCGUGACAUUAAGAUCUGAGUUCAAGGCCAAGUUGAAUUCUUUAUGAGUCAAAAAGUACCAAAAUGACCUGUCACCCAAAAUCAAAUGAGAAAAUAGUUUAUCCCACCAGAACCCAAAUUGUGUAGAUGUCAUGUGUUUACCACAGGCAGUGUAGAAUCUGCAUGUGUAAUAAAUAACUACUAAAAGAUUUCCCACCCUGACACUAACUUUUAAUUUAGCAAGACAGUGCGACUGGGAGUGUGGAAGAGCCUCUGUGCAAAAUGCACAGGUGCCAUUUCCUCUGCCGCAUCACUUCUUCCUUCCUUUGGCUUCCAGCCGAGCCGAUAACAUGCACUUUUGUGGCCUUUUUAAGGCUUGUGCUUUGCAUUUUAUUGUGUGGACACUUGAGUUGUGUACAUUGUAAAAGAAGACAAAAAUGUAUAUUUAAAAAAAAAAAAAAAAAAAAGUAUUUUGCGCUACUGCUCUUA